AUGGCUGCAGCUGAAAUCUGCCCUCCUGAUUGGCACCGAUACGGCGAGUCGUGUUACUUCAUUAUAAAGGACAAGAUGGAUUGGUACAAAGCAAGGAGCACUUGUGUCGAGUCAAGAGCAAACCUGGCCAUACCAAACUUACAAUCCGAACAGGAUUACAUAUGGAAACUAUACCUAAAACAGUUUGAUCAGAACCCUUCUACCGAUCUCUGGAUUGGUUGUAAUGACAUCGAGGAGGAGGGAACCUGGCAGGACUGUCCGUUGAGGGGUGAACCCGACGCUUAUGAGAAUUGGGCUGAUAGAGAACCCAAUAAUCUGUUCGAUGAAGAUUGUGGAUCAAUGGUGGUUGCAAAGAAUGGCAACUGGGAUGACAAGUUGUGCUCUUCGUCAAUAUACCAAUUUCAUGCAGUCUGCGAGCGCCCCAUCACAAACACCCCGGUACUCUGCCUGCAGACCGGCAACGACGGUCGCCUCAUUUCUCAGUACAUGCUGCACCACGUCUUGGAGGAGCUACCGGGUAAGAGCGUCGUGUCGUGCGGGAAGGCUUGCCGAUCACACCCCCGAUGUCGCUCCUUCAAUCUACUGGAGCAAGAUGAAGGGAAGAUGGUUUGCCAGCUUAACAACGCAAAUCGCCGACAAGUGGCUGAUGGUGACAUGAAAGUCAAUGAAAGAUGCUACUUCUUCGAUCUGUAG